AUGACAACCGCCGCAUUCAGAUACAUCGACCCAGCCUCCUACACGUCCAGCAGCGGCGCGCACAUCAAGCCGUGGGGCAAAGUUGACGGCCCAGGAACCUCGUACCGACUGACCCCUCACACGCGCUCCGUGCAGAACAUCCGAGGACGCGAGUCCGAGUUCUCAACAGAUAUUUCAGGCUUCGCGGUCUACCAGUCGCCAUCUGCAGGCUUCGAUUUCGACAAUGACGCGGAAGUGAGAGGAGGUUACUAUACCGAGGUGGAGAACCUGUUGAAGGAGAAAUUGCCCGGGAUCAAGAAAGUGGUCAUCUUCGACCACACGAUCAGAAAGCGAGACAAGAAUGCGCCUCGACAGCCCGUUCAGCAAGUACAUGUCGACCAAACCGUGGGAGCGGCGGAGGCGCGUGUACGGAGACAUUUACCUGAGGAGGAGGUAGAGGAGUUGUUGAAGGGCCGGUUUCAGAUCAUCAAUGUCUGGCGACCGAUUGCACACCCCGCGACGGAUUUCCCUCUCGCAGUCAUCGAUUGGCGCACUACCACCCCAGACGACUUCAUUGCAGUAGAUUUAAUGUAUCCCAAGCGGGCACCUCUGGGUGACGGAAGCGGCAACGUAGGACGGAAAGAGGACAAUGAUGACCGUGGCAAGGAGGUUGUCCCGGAUCCGAACUCCAUCGAGUCGAUAGAGAAUUAUGAGGUUAAAGGAGAGACGUUCGCGGUUCGGCCGAAUGAUAGCCAUCAGUUCUUCUAUAUGAAGGAUAUGACGCCUCAGGAAGCCAUGUUCAUUAAGUGCUUUGAUUCGAGGGGCCAGGGCUUGCCGGACGGUGUACAGGGUUUGGCCAGAUGCACGCCGCACACUGCUUUUGAAGAUCCGGCGACGCCAGAAAGUGCGCCGGGACGGCAGAGUAUCGAGGUGCGGUGCUUGGUGUUCUACGAGUAG